CACAUGACCUACAUUAAUAGCAACCGGAAAAUCAACACGAAGAGAGAUUGACGUCAAGCAAUUAGAGAGAAAAAAUCUUAUUAUAUACCAACAAAAAUGGCAAGUGGAUGUACAGUGACAUCGAAAAUAUGUAUGAUUAUUGUUGGAAUAACAUUUUGGGGUGCGGCGGCGACUUUGUGUUUUGUUGGAUCAUGGGUAUACUCUACAUACAGCCAUUUUGAUGAGCUGACAGAAGCCAGCUUAACCUUAGUUCCAGCAAGUAUUAUAAUAGCUGGAGGCAUAUUCAUGUUUAUAAUUGGUCUCCUUGGAUGUAUCGCAGCUUGUAAGGAGAGUAAAUGUCUACUGGCUAUAUUUUUUAGUUUGAUUCUGGUGGUUUUCAUGGCUGAAGUUACAGCUGGUAUUAUGGGCUAUGUGUAUCGUCACGAGGUAAAACAAACAGUUUCUGAUGGACUUACUAACUCUAUAAAUAGAUACAACGAAACUCUACAGAAAACCCAGUUGGACUAUGUGCAACAAGAGCUUCAUUGCUGUGGUAUUCAAAAUGCUUCUGACUGGAGUCAUUCAAUCUCCUGGGGCCACGAACAUCCUAAUCAAGUUCCUACAAGUUGUUGUAGAAACGAAACAUGUACAAUGAAUGGAACUCUGGUACCACGUGAUCCUGCAAUUUUCAAAGAUGGUUGUUUGAGCUUGUUGGAGAAUAAACUCAAUACAAAUCUUGUAUAUAUAGCUGGAAUUGCAGUAGCUUUUGCAGUUAUUCAGAUUCUUGGUUUAAUAUGUGCCUGUAUUCUGUUAUGUCGCAGUCAAGAAGUUCGCUAUGAAACAUUGGUUGGUGCCGAAAGAAAUGGUUUAAGAGUGUAAGUUGGAGAUUUGAAGGAGACGACAGUUGAUCCAUCCAUAGAAAAGAAAUUAUAACCUUUUAACGAUAUAGCAUUCACUGAUUGUCCUUAACUAAUAGUGCAUUCCACAUUUCUAUUCAAUUAAAAUAGAGAAUUACCAUGAUACUAGAGUUAUAUGUCCAUCUGUAGGAUUCAGUAUAGAUUUGUUUUUGUUUAAGCAUGGAACUUGUUAACUACUUGUUAAAGUAAUCUAUCAGGGGCAUAUACAGGAGGACGACAUUCUGGUUUCCUGACAAUUGGAAUUCUUUGUGGUGAAUCAUAUUAUGUACUAGAAUAAUGCAAUAUCCUGGAUUUUAAAUACAAAAAAAUAAAAUUUAUGUUAUGCCUUUUGACGUUUGUGUCAGCUGGACUGAAGUUCUAAAUCUGUCUCAGGUUUCGAUAUUAAAACUUGGAUGUUUCUCUUUUCGAAAAACACCAAAAAGUUACAGCAAAAUUAAAAUCCUGUCAGACCAGCAAAUUUAUUAUUGCUUUAAGCUUAAUGGUGUUGAAAUAUGUAAUGGAUGUAAUGUGGUAGUUCUCUGUUUUUAUAGUCUCAUAUAUAUGUGUGUUUUUAAGUUGCUAUUAAUUAUUAUAAUGUAUAUUAAGAAGAAAGUAAACUACACUAGGGCCUCAUUAUUCCAAUGUUUGAUAUAACAAGGAUGUUAAUAUUAAGAAAGAAAAAACUAUUUCUUCUAGGGGGAAAAAUUUGGGCAGAUUUAAAAUUUUAUCACACUUCAAGGAAAAAGUGAGCACUGAAGACAGGGUUGGAAUAGGAGUGGAGCUUUACUUUUGAUUGUAUUUUAAGUUUACUUUCAAUUUAUUACAAAUAUACUUUAUACAAUUGUUAGAGCUGGCACAAUAUAUCAUUGCGAUUCACUUUCGCUAUAUUGGAUCUCAGGAUGCUUUAGUUGAAACAAUAACACUGCAGUAGAAGCGUUUCGGUAGUGUGGCAUGUUUAGUAUAUAGAUCCAAAUGGCACACAACGAAAUCAAUUUAACAAACCCUCAAGCCAAAUUCAGUUUAAAAGUUUAAAAGAUGACACAAUAAAAGAUCAUGUAAACGUUCCAACGAUACAAAUCUCAGUGUGAAUGGUAGUGCUUAUACACAGCGCUAACAAUUUAUGUGUUUUCUUGCUAUGUUUUAUAUACUGUUGGCUUAUAUAGUUAAUUGGGAUAUUUUAUCUAAAAAUUUAAUCAGGAAGGGGAAGUUUGAUCAUUCUGCCAAAAGUGCUAGAUCUACUUAAAAUUGAAUUAUUUAAAUAGUAAAAUAAUUUCAGAGUAACAUAAAAAUUAUGUUUGAUAAAUAAAAUAUCAGCCCUUAAAAGCCUUUUGUGACUAUAUUUGAUCUAAGUUUAAUAUGAUUGAGGAUAGAUAGAAAAGAUGUGACAUCAACUACAAAAUUAAAAUUCUUUCUCAGUGAUAUUUUAAUAAAAACAUAGUUGUCUUUUAUUUGGUCUCAUCAUUAAUGUUUUAUUGUGUGUACCAUUUGGUUCUGUUCAUAUGAUGUUAUUAAUUUAAUGGUUUAAUAGUUUUAAGAAUAUUUCUCCAUAUUAAGUUAAGUUAAUGUAUUACAAAGUUACAGUGAGAAAAGUGUUAAAUUAUCAUGAAUAGCUUAGACUGUAUCAUGUUGCAUGGAGUUAUUUUUCAAAACGCAAUUGAUUUAAGAAAUCUUUUAGACCUCGCCUUUAUGGAUAAAAUGUAUGUAUUAAUUUUUGGAUUUACAGGAUUUUUGCUGUUUAAUUUUAAUUUUCGUCAGAAUGAUUAUCUAGUUACUCUGCAGUUAUUACUUGAGUGAUUAACAUCAUCUCAAAACAAGAUAAGCAAUAUAAUAUAUUUAUGUGUAUAUACAACAACCUCUAUUUAAACUAGGCCAAUUCUGUGUACUUGUAGUAUCUUCACAACUCUCAGACAUAAAAAGAAAGUGUUAAUCUAUUCUAUAUUCACCCUUGACUACUUUAGAACUGUUUUUCCACCAACAAACUGACACAUUUGAUGCAGCAAAUGAUGAGUACACAUGCAUAUAAUCUUGUGUGCUAUUUCUAUUAAUAUUUCUAAGUGUCGCCAAGAUCAUCAGUGAUAAAAAUCCUGUUCUUUUUACUUAGCGCAAGCGUCACUCAAAUUUUGAUCGCCUGAUCAGUACUACAUCAACCUAGUCCAAAAAAUGUAUAACAUUUAUUGUAUUUAAGGUGUAAGGUGAGACAAGCUGUUCGGCCUAUUUCAAGAUGAAUGUAUUAUAGUAUUUUUCACAUUUCAAAGUCAUGAUGCAUUGUAAGCUAUUUUAAAACUGUUAUUUGCACCAUUCGUUUUUGGCUAAUAAAUUAUAAGGGAAAGUAAUUGUUAACUCCCCCCCCCCCCCAUCCCCACUGUAAUAGGUACUCAAUACUCUUUAAUGAUAUGCAUUUUUUUAAAUGGGAUAUAAGAGAAAUGCAUGAUAAAGUAAUUCUCUAUUAUAACAAGGUAAUUAAUACGAAGUAAUAUUAAAUCAAAAUGAACACAGUCAGUUUAUUCAAAACUCUUCGUAUUGAUUAGUCAGGUUAGAUAACUGUGUAAUUAGGUAAUAUAAUACAGACACAUUAAAAAUUGACUAAUCCAUGUCCUUGUCAAAUAUGUUCUCUUUGCCCUUUGAGACCUUAUUGGACUGACAGAUUUGGGACAAGGUUUCACUGUAUCUGUACAUAAUUCUAUUAUUAGUUUAUAUACUGUAUUGUGAUAUUAUUUGAGGCCUGUACAGUGUUUAAUCUAUUGAAUAUAUUAGUAUAUAUAUUAUAUGAUAUGUAUUAGAUCAUUAUAUACAUAUAUAUUAUGUAUUAGAUCUGAGUUGUAGAUAAGUAAUAUAAGCUUUUACAUAUAUAUGUAUUUUCCUCAUUUAAGCUAACUGUGCUGAAUAUGGAAUGGAUAUUCCUUUUUUUUUUCUUUCUUUCUUUUUAAAUGUUACUUUUUUGAAUUUUAAAGCUUAUAAAUUUGGUUUCCAAUACCAUGUGUUGGUUUAGAAUUUGAUUGGGAUCCAUAGCUUAUAUUAUUAUUUUGUUUGUAUAUAUUCAGCAGUGUUCCUUUAAUUGAAAGAAUUUGAAAUAUGAAUAUGUUUAUAUAUAACUGAACUCUAGACAUUUUUUCUGUGACCUACUAAAUUUAUAGAUCCUAGUAUAUAUAUGUAUUUGCCAGACUAAUGAUGGUAUAUAUAUAGAGGCUAGCUAAAAUUUGAUUUCUGUACUCUGUUUGGGUGUAACAGUAAAAACUAAAAACUGUAUGUUACUUAUGUACAGCUUAUUCUUGUAGAACAAGAAAUAUCAUAAGUGAUAGGGCUGGCUGACACCACAUAUUGUUGAAUCAAUGUAUCACAAUUCAUAUGACAAGGCACCACAAUCUGAACUGUUGAUAAAUUGAAAGUAGACGUAGAUCAUCUCCUACAGUCAACAUUGUGACCUGGUUAUGAAUCGUAAUAAGAAUUGUGUUGCAGCACCCGAAUCACAGUAGGUAAUUGAGACUGCUACAAUACCCAGCAAUAAUUAGUGAUAACUGUUCAUAAUUAGUUAAAAAUUUGUAUGGAACUAACUGAAAUUAUUGUCUUUGUGCUAGUCAAUUAGAUCUUGUUUGUUUCUUUGUUGCCUUUUGGUUUCUGUUAGGGCAUUUAAAUUUAAGGCCUUAAAAUAGUACAAGACUAUAUGCACCACACUUGCUUUAGCUAGCACUGCACUUUAUUUAUAUAUUGAGUCUAUUGGAAAUGAUGGCCAGAUUUGCUUAACAGGGUUACAUAACACAAUUAAGAAAUAACCAUCUUUGGUUGUAUGAGUGACUUAAUAGCACAACAAGCACUAGAUAUGGAUAUCAAGGGAAUUAUAGCCAAACCCACUUGCCAAUGAUAAAGGCUUGUAGUCUUUCACCCCGAAUUAACCAGUUUUAUUUACUAAAUAUAUCUAUAGAGGUUCCUUUAAAAGUCCAAUUUUUAUUAUGGAGUUUGGAAGUAGAAAUACCUAAUGGAUUACUACUACUCUAUAGCAUUAAAAAUAUUGUUUAAGGCAAGUAUAUGACACUUAUAUAGUAGAUUACAACACGGGUGUGUUCAUUGUUGGGCAUUGCAACAAAUUAUUUUCACAGUAAGAUUUUGUUUGUAUAUAUUUUCGUGUUCCAUUACAUUUUAAAUAAUAAGGCACACAUAUUUGAAUUUUAUAAUAUCAUAAUUUAGAACAAAUAACACAUUGAGAUUAUCAUUUAAAAAAACUGAGAUUAUUUUUUUGCUUUGUUAAGACUGAAUAUGAUAUAAUUCUCAAAGGAUGAAUGAAAAAAAUUGUUAAAAAAAAAAGAAGGAUGUGCCUCUACAUAAUUUUUGUCAAGGAUUGUUGUUUAAUUUCAUUAAUGAUUUUUUUGUUCUUAAUUUGAUUUGUUUGAAGAUUUUACCAGUUUAUUUUAAGUAAAUAUUUAAUAGCACUGAUAUUAUAUUAUAAUUGUCAUCACUAGUCUGCAAUAAAAAUAUUUCCACUUUAAAG